UAAAAAUGGAAUAUUCCACCAACACAAAACGUAAAAACUGCAAUAUAUGAUAAAAAAAAACCGCAAGAUCAUAUGAUGGAUGAUUAACUAGCAGAACAGUCUGGGAAAAUCCACAAUUUAAACGGGAAAAUGUUGAUUUAUUAUUCAGAUCUGCCACCACAAAUGGCGUCAUAAUUCUCUUUGUUGUUGUUUUUGCUUGUGCCCCACAUUAAAAAAUACGUAUUACAAAUAUUUGUGCGUGUGACAUUGGCCCAGAAUAUGCCUAAUAUAUGGAGAAAUGACUUGGAAACAUGAAUAUCUAAGAAUAAUAGCAAACGAAAAUCCAAACAAAAUUCAAAGUCACAGCUGAUUUGUGCUCCUUUUUCGCGCCGUCGUGCCGUCGUCAUGGAUCCACAAAAAAUCACCGAACUGGCAAAUUUACUGCGACAAAAUGGGGAUAAAAUAUUAAGCUCCGAGUUUACGUUGACAUUAUCAGGUUCGCUGCUGCGUGCCUUGAAUGAUUCGUUUACAUUGAUUGCUGAUACGGAAAUCAUUGCUGGUGCUGGUGCUGGCACUUACACGACGCAUCAUCAUCAUCAUCCGCAACAGCAUCAGCCAACCUUUCAGGUGGUCAAGCCCAUCAAUGCCAAGUCCAGUGUCUUCCCAGAUCUGCAGCUGCUGCACGAUUUUGUGCAGAAAACAACGCUGCUAAAAUUAAUCUAUUUCCCCAGUGAACUUUACUUUGAGGGUGCCAUCGAUAUAGCCAAAUUUCGUGCACUGCGACGCCUGGAAGUGCACAAAAUCAGCAUUAAUCAGGUGGUGGGCAUCCAGCCGCUGCGUGGCCAAUUGCAGCAUUUGAUUUGCGUGAAGAGUCUGGCCAGUGUGGACGAUAUAAUCACACGCUGUGGCGGUGACAACUCCAAUGGUUUCGUUUGGAAUGAACUGCAAACGGCGGACUUUAGCUACAAUUCGUUGAGGAGCGUGGACACUGCGUUGGAGUUUGCCCAACAUUUGCAGCAUUUGAAUCUGCGGCACAACAAGCUCAUCUCGGUGGCAGCCAUCAAAUGGCUGCCGCAUCUCAAGACACUCGACUUGAGCUACAAUUGUCUCACAUAUCUGCCGCAGUUCCAUAUGGAGGCGUGCAAGAAGCUGCAGCUGCUCAAUAUUAGCAACAAUUAUGUGGAGGAGCUGCUGGAUGUGGCCAAGCUGGAUGCCUUGACCACACUGGAUCUAUCCGAUAAUUGUCUGCUGGAGCACUCGCAGCUGCUGCCGCUCAGUGCCUUGAUGACUCUGACUAUGCUUAAUCUACAGGGUAAUCCCUUGUCGUGCAACCCGAAGCAUCGCCAGGCCACGGCCCAAUAUCUGCACAAGAAUACGGCAACGAUGAAGUUUGUGCUGGACUUUGAGCCGCUCUCCAAGGCGGAAAAGUCACUGACUGGCAGUCAAAAGUGGCGCUACAUAGGCUCACAUCGUGUGCCCCGAAGUGGGCCUGUGUCCAUCAACAGCUCCAGGACAUCCAUCAACACCAGCGAUGGCUCACAGUUCUCUAGCUUUGGUUCGCAGCCGUCGGGUUCCAUUCGUGGCAAGGAUUACGCAUCGGAAACGGAGCAAACGACUUCCAUGGACCUUUCGCAGACCAGCAAAAAGCAAAACUCCAAGAAAAGUGUCAGUAAAAUCCGUCGAGCAGACAUCUUCGAAGAUACCGACGAAGUGGCAGAAGCGGCAGCAGUUCUAGCCCCAGCCAAGCCCCAAGCAGAGCCAGAGGAAUGCUCCACCGAUUCCGCGCAUCUGGAGACCAAGAAACAUAUUGAAACCCUGCGACUCACCUACGGCAAUGAGUGGCUGAAGACGGGUAAUGCAGAGCUCGUGCUGGGCAUCGAGUCGGCACAGCCCAGCGAAAAAGAGAGGAACGCCUCACGGCAGCAGUUCAACGAGUUUCUGGGUGAAUUCUCUGCACCAAUGCAGGCAGCUACCCAGGCAGCAGGCGAACCCACUGCUCUGAAUGUAAGCUCCACUCCCACAAACAACAGCAGCACGUGGGGCGCCUCCUUUAACAACACUUUGACUCCCAUUAAAUCGGACAGCCAGGAGGCAGCAAAUCAAACGCUUUACGAGACCUGUGAUGAGAGUGGGGAGACGCACUAUGAGAGCAUUACCAAUAGCACGAAGGAGCAUGCGGAUCAGCCGAAUCCAGUGGAGCAGCAGCAGGAGGAGGAUCAUUCUCAGGAUAAGCACAAAAAGUUAUUAAGUCUCUAUGCAAGCGGCUCAAAUGCGAUAGAAGAAGAGGAACCAGUUUCCGAUAUGGAGCCCGAUGAGGAGACCUACAUUGUCUAUCAUGAGCACAAGCCCAGUGUACCUUUGUUUUUGACCAUAUCUUCAAAUUUUAUACGCGAAAAGGAUACGCUGAGUGAACGCACCAAAACCAAAUGGAGCCUCAAAAUCCUCGAAUCCUGCGAGCGUUUAAAAUCGAAUACUUUACGCAUAAAUUUCGAUACGCUGCGUAAGGAUAAGCAGGAGCGUAUCUAUUGUGUGGAGAAUACAUUGUGUCAGGAACUGGAAAAGAAACUUCGUGACAUACUCUCCCAGCGUGAUCUCACCGAAAUGAACAUCAAAGUCUAUCGUUGUGUGAAUUGUUUAAAACAGUUUUUAAUGGAACAAAAGAUCAAGCGUUAUAAGACAGAGCAGCUACGUUGUCCCGACUGUCACAGUGUUCAUGUGGCAGAGGUCACAGAUCUCUCCACAUCGCUGGAUAAAGCAGCCCCUGUGGAGUUGGCCGCCGAACCCAAACUCUCGCCCGCUUUAAUUGUGGAGGAGUCGCCACCUGUGGGUGCAGCACAGAUUAAGGAGGAAACCAAUAGCAUUGUGGCCCUCUCCAGGCUUAAAACAACCGCUAAAAACACACCCAAGCGUAGGAGUUUGAUGCAAGCCACUAAAAGUUCCGCCAAUAGCCUAAAUGAAAGCAGUUCCUGUUCGAAAAUCACCAAUUCCCAGAGCUCCUUCGACUCCAAUCAGUCGGUGGUGGGCAGCUCCAAUACAGAUCGAGAUCUGGAGUUUCGUGCGAAUGAAAGUGAUGUAGAUAUCAUCUCGAAUCCAAGCCAAUCCUCAAUUGAAGUGCUGGAUCCCAAUUGUGUACAGAGUGCCAGUCGAAAGACCUCAGAAGAUCGUCGCAUAUCACAGUUGCCGCAUUUGCAGGCGUUGCAUGAUGAGACGCAGAGCUUUAUAGAGCGAGAAUUUGGGCAGCAGAUGAGGCUGGAAGAGGCAGCAGCGGCAUCAGCGGCAGCAGCAGCAGCAGCAGCUGUGUCACCACCACUACCACCGCCAGCUGUGGCACAAGUGCAGCUAACAGAGAGCUCCUCUUCGGGCUCUGUGACGGACAGCAUUUGCACCACCUACGAACAUCAAAAGGAGGGCGCCAAGGAAUCUUCCAAUAAUAAUCAUUUAAGGAAAUCCGCUGAGGUAGCUCAGCUGCCCUUUGCUUCCGUCUUCCAGUCCACAAACCUGCUGAUGUCCAGCUCGAAGAAACUCAUCGAUUCAGAGGCCACCAAUGCAGGCGGCUCAUCAGCAGCUGGCAUGCAUCCCUACAAGUUCAAUUACAGCAACUUCAACGACAUUGAUCAUCGCCUGAAGCUGUACUUUUAUCAAACGAAAUUCAAGGAGCAGGACGAACACUUCAAGUGGCUGGCCAAGGGACGCAUCUACAACGAACAAACACAGACACUAGGCGAGGGUCUCAUUGUCAUGUCCACCUGUAAAUUGUAUCUAAUGGAGGCCUUUGCCCCGCCCCACGAUGAUGUAGCCAAAUGGUUGAGGCAGAUUGUCAGCGUCACAGUGGAUCGAUUGGUGUCCAUUGGUGUGCUAGCCUGGAAACUGGGUCUAUCCUUUAGCCUCCGAGAUUGGGGAGGCUUCGGGCUGCUGUUGCCGGAUAUGCUAAGGACUGAUAGUUUGCUGCUUUAUAUGCAAGACAAUGCCCUGCCAUCGCAAUGCCAAGUAUUGCAACAGUCAUCGCUCGCAUUGAAAUCCAUUGCAUCGGAACCUCUCAAUCUAUGUGCAAUCCUCGCCAGCUGUCAGUUGAGUGCUAACGAAGACAAAGGCCUGACCUUGGAACCCUGCCUACUGUUGAGCACCGAUUCCCAUUUGCAUAUCUGUGGUAAUGGCAAAUGGGAUUGGCUUUCAACCAAGAACCAAGAAUCAGCAGCCCUGCAGCCAAGUCUCACGCAGCCCAUCAGCAAUCUAGUGGAUGUGGAGCGUCUAACGGAUGUGGAAUACGUGAUAAACUUUAUUGAUGAAACCGAAAACAAGUGCGAAAUGUGGAAGCUAAACUUUGAGACGUAUGCCAAUGCCGAAUGCUGUCUGAAUGCCGUUGGACAGACAUGGGAGCAGCUCUUUGGAGUGCCAUUCAGCUACUCGGGGACGUAACAUUCGUCGGUACAUUCGCAGCUCUCUCGCUAUCUCUCUUUUUCUGUGUAUUUAAGGGACCAAUAUAUCAAUAUAGAGAAAGAAACUUCUGUGGAUUAGCUUUAUUAUACCCGUUAAAAAUUACGCUAUACGUUUUUUAGGCUAUAUGUAGAUUUCUUUCAAAUUUAAUGAAAAUUGUUGGUGCUUACCCACGAGUACGAGUACGAUACGAUACGAUGUAUAUAUUUAUGAAUAUAAAAUUAUCCAGUUUAUGAAAUCACUGAGAAGUCUCUGCAAUAAUAAUUAAUAAAGAGAAUAAUAUAU